CAAACACCAUAAAAACGUAAAAUAAAACUUCCUUCUCCACCUCCAACUCUCAACAAAAAAAGAUUUUCUCACCUAACCUUCAACUCAUUUUCUCUCUCUCUUUCUCACCCCCCAAACACUCCUCAUAAAUUCAAAACACGAUAAAACACCAUAACAACAACAUGCUCGAUUUUGGUGACGAAUUCACCAUCGAAACCUUCAAGAUUCCGUGGCUCAUCUGGAUCCAGAUUCUCAUCCUCCUCCUCCUCAUCGUCCUCCUCUACUGCUUCAGCCUCUUCUCCUCAGAUCUCGAUACCUCCAACAGCCACGUCAAGAACUCCUCCUUAGCUUCUCCUUCCUCCCCCUCUUCUUCUGUUUCAACCGAUUCGGCUCUCCACGAGAAGCAGCCGGCUCUUAAAUUCAACUCGACUGUCACUCACCGCUUCCAGCCUUCUCAGGUAGGAGGAAGUCAGAGUAUAAAAGGGGAGAUAGCGACGAGUACUGGUAGAAGAAUAGUGGGAGGUGAAGAGAAUACAGAAAGGGAUUCAAGUUCAAGCAGUAUCUGUUAUCAUCCUUGCCAUUAUUUCAAGCUUGCUAGAGAAGCUUUUCUCAAGUGUUUAGGUUUAGACUCUGAGCAACCUUCCAACUCAGAACAAAGAAAAGACAGAUAGUAUUUUAUUGCUUCUUUAUAAGCUUCAAAAAUGCUAAAAGCAAAGAAAAAUGAAAAAAA